AUGGCCGUGGCGGUGUCAGUCAGAGGGACUCAACGGGAGGGUCUUCCGUGCAUGGCCGUGGCGGUGUCAGUCAGAGGGACUCAACGGGAGGGUCUUCCGUGCAUGGCCGUGGCGGUGUCAGUCAGAGGGACUAGUGGGAGGGUUUUCCGUGCAUGGCCGUGGCGGUGUCAGUUAGAGGGACUCAACGGGAGGGUCUUCUGUGCAUGGCCGUGGCGGUGUCAGUCAGAGGGACUCAACGGGAGGGUCUUCUGUGCAUGGCCGUGGCGGUGUCAGUCAGAGGGACUCAACGGGAGGGUCUUCCGUGCAUGGCCGUGGCGGUGUCAGUCAGAGGGACUAGUGGGAGGGUCUUCCGUGCAUGGCCGUGGCGGUGUCAGUCAGAGGAACUCAACGGGAGGGUCUUCUGUGCAUGGCCGUGGCGGUGUCAGUCAGAGGGACUCAACGGGAGGGUCUUCCGUGCAUGGCCGUGGCGGUGUCAGUCAGAGGGACUCAACGGGAGGGUCUUCCGUGCAUGGCCGUGGCGGUGUCAGUCAGAGGGACUCAACGGGAGGGUCUUCCGUGCAUGGCCGUGGCGGUGUCAGUCAGAGGGACUCAACGGGAGGGUCUUCCGUGCAUGGCCGUGGCGGUGUCAGUCAGAGGGACUCAACGGGAGGGUCUUCCGUGCAUGGCCGUGGCGGUGUCAGUCAGAGGGACUCAACGGGAGGGUCUUCCGUGCAUGGCCGUGGCGGUGUCAGUCAGAGGGACUCAACGGGAGGGUCUUCCGUGCAUGUCCGUGGCGGUGUCAGUCAGAGGGACUCAACGGGAGGGUCUUCCGUGCAUGGCCGUGGCGGUGUCAGUCAGAGGGACUCAACGGGAGGGUCUUCCGUGCAUGGCCGGUGUCAGUCAUGCGGCCGAGAUUAA